AUGCCCUUUUUGGGGGGAAGUCGGGCUCUAAGACCCUACCAAACAGGCUUGAUGGAUACAGGUGAUACUGUUAUCGAUCCGAUCCACGAACUUCGACGAAAAUGCCGUGAAACCAAAGAAUGCGCUAAGUUUGUCAAAUUAUUUGAGGCCUGUUCUGAUCGUCAGCCAAAGACAAGGGAGAGCUGCGAAGAGGAAUUCAUCGAUCUGGUCCAAUGUGUGGAUAAGUGCGUUGGCCCCAAACUCUUUGCUACUUUAAAAUAA